GCAGCUCUGGAGAGAGCAACGAAAACAUUUUUAUUUAGAUAAGAUUUAGAAAGCAAAGUUUGUUUCAUCUACUAAAGAUUCCCACAGUCUUGAAAGAUAGUCGGAAUGGAGACUCAAUCCUUGUCAGAAGGAGAACAACAACAAACUAGCCAGUGCAAGAGGAGGCCACAGUCCAUGAUAUCAAAAUCCUGUGCACCCAUUCAUCUGCCCACAGGCUAACUUCGGAAAUUCAGCAAGGAAUUGGGUUUUGUUCAUCUUAUUGUAUCACCUGGGUAUUCUUCAAGUAAUUGAAAAAGGAGAAUCACAAAAACUGCUUUUCUAACAACAACAAAAAACCUACCCAAAAAUGUGAAAUCAGCAGAGGCAGAUGCAUAGCUUGCUUUAUUAGAUCAUUAGACAACUGCAUCCCAAGGUUUAAGCUCAAACCGAGGACAAAGAUUAACACGUCAAAGAUCUAAGACACUUUUGCCAACUAAUAAGAAACUAGUAGAUCCAGGAAUCACAGCUAAUCUCUAAGUGAACUAAGAAGACGAUAGCAAUCCAGAGAAGGUCCUGUAAAUGGAAAACAUCUUCCAGGCUUAGAGCCAGAAGCCACAACGAAUGUCCAUUCCUGAAUAAAACCAAACAGUCUGGUGCAACAACAUAGCCAGUAGCCAAGAGGACAGAAAACAGUUAGGUGGACAGUGGAUUAAUACUGAAAUCUGAUGUAAGCUGUCUAAGGAAAAACAUCAGGAACAUGUAGUGAUGGCAUGAACUCAAAGAAGUGACAAAUAUGAAAUCAGCAAAGAGUCCAGUAUGAUUCAACAAGCAUGAAGACCUUGGUGUGUUCCAACUAAGGAAAAGAUAUACCAGAAGAUAGUCCACAGAGGGAAAUGAAACUGUAUACAGAAUGAGGGCAAAAAUAUAGGAAGCUACCUUGCACUGUGUCAGUCCGUUAGUCCUCCUGCUAAUGGAUAGCAGCCCCUUUUUAGUCUUGCCAUGGGAUUCUUUUAAUCCACAUGUCAUCCCUGGCCUAACUUCAUGCAGUCCUCAAUCUGAUUUCAAAAGCCCUCUACAAAUUGGUCACAGAAAGAGAGAGAACAGGAGUAUGGCAUAAGAAGAAUCCAAAGUGAUUGUCAUCAACCAACUCUCUAUGUAAAGCCUAUAACCAAUGUAAUAGUGCCUUUCUGCCAUGCAAUUGGUAUACAAAGGCAUACCAACUCUAUUGAAUAUAGCCAUAAUGACUAAUGGUUUUGAAAGAUUUGUUGUCCAUGAAUUUUUUUUAAAAGCAUUCAAACUGGUGGCCAUCACUACAUCUUAAGGAAACAAAUUCCAUAAUCAUGACUGUGUGCUGUAUGAAAAAGUGGUUUCUUUCAUCUGUCCUAAAUGUCCCACCAUUCACCUUCAUUGGCUGACCUUACAUUCUAAUACUGUGAGAGAGGUGGCAAAAUCAAGUGUUUUCCUAUCCACUUUCUCUAAUCUACACAUAUUUUUCUACAAUUUAAUCAUCUCCUCCCUUACUUGCCUUUUUUCUAAGCUAAAAAGCUGUAAGAGCUACAGCCUCUCCACAUAAAGGAGGUACACCAGCCUUCUUAAUAAUUUUAUUCCCCUUUUCUCCAUCUUUCCCAGCUCUACAGUAUAUUUUUGAGCUGCUAUACUUUUUGUACUAUAUACAAUAUUUCAGCUGUGGUUACACCAUGGAUUUAUAUAAUGACAGUAUGAUAGAAGAAGUUUGCAUUUUACAGUAGCUGAUUUUCCAGUUAUUCCCAACAUGGUAUUUUCCAUUUUCACCACAGGGACACAGCUUGCUGUUUUUAUUUUGCUGCUCACAACAAUCAAAAUAUUUUUAUGUUUGUCAAACCAAAGAAGCAUCUUGUUAGUAGGUAUGUGAAGUCCCAAUAUGCAUGGCUUUACAACUGUCUACAAUUGUCAUUUUAAUGUCCUUUCCUCAGUUCAUACAAUUCCUUUUGGAACUUUUGCCCAUCCCUUUUUGUUCUGAUCACCCUAAAUAACUUGGUGUCAUCUGCAAAUAGGAGUAUCUCUCUGCUUACCCCAUCUCCAGAUCAUUUAUCAAUAAGUUUUUUUUAAAAACACUAGUCCCAAUGUAAAUCCUGGGGAGACUCUACAAUUUGCAUCCUCCCAGUUCCAGAACUGUACCUUUAUUACCAUCUUUCCCAUAUAUCUUUAUACAUUCUAGACAAUUUCUCUGGUGCCAUAUACCAACAAUACAUCACUUUACAAAAAUUCUAUUUAAGAUGAAAACAUAAUAUAAAUUUCAAUCUCUUUCGUAACAUAUUUUCCCAUUGCUUCAUCUGUAUAUUAUAACCAACAUUCUCUGCUUUCUGUUCUUAAACUAGCUACUGAGCCAUAACAGGCCCUCUCUCCUCAUCCUAUGACUGCUGGGAAUACUCACAACUCUUUCAUGAAGAAUCAUGGUCAAGAGCCUUUUGGAAAUCCAAGUGAACAAUGUCUAUAACAUCAUCCUUAUCACCAGACUUGUUGACACUCUCAAGGAAUUCUAAAAAAUUCUUACCUGUUUCAGAAGCCAUGUUGAUUCUUAGUCAGCAAGACUUGCCUUUCCAUCCACUUGAUACUUUUGUCUUUCCUCCAGUAUACCUACAACAGGCGUUAAGGCUGCUCUCUUCUGGUGUCCUGUGUUUUUCCAGUCCUGAGGAUGAAGAAGACUCUCAGCCAUUGCUGAUGUCAGAGAUGGAGGCCUCCAAGGUACCUCCGGGGUUAUCAAUUCCCCCAGAUAUAGAAAAUGGUCGUGGCCCAUUACCUCCCAUUUUCAAGAUGCUGUCUGGUCACAGUCACCAGGAACUGGAGGACAGCAUCCCAAGACCACGACCAGAUGCCAGAGCCCUGAGAUACAUGAAGAGGCUGUAUAAAAUGUUUGCCACCAAGGAUGGGAUCCCAAAGGCUAACCAAAACCAUCUCUAUAACACAGUCCGGCUCUUCACUCCGCAUGCUGAGUGCAAGCACCUGCCUGAAGGCCAAGUAGAAGGGGACAUUCACUCAGUGGACCUACUCUUCAACCUGGACUGUGUUCCAGCUUUAGAACAUUUACUCAAGUCAGUCCUAUUGUACUCAAUUGAUAAGUCUGUUUCUAAAUCUUUGGCUGUCACGUGCACAGGAAAUCUCAUUGUGAAGGAGCAUGAGGCCGCUAGUCAAGUGUGUCCCAACUUUCCACAUGCAAUGACUUUCAGUCUAUACUUUGAACUUAGACGCAAGUGGGUUGAGAUUGAUGUGACCACUUUCCUCCAGCCUUUGAUAGCCUCCAACAAGAGAAAUAUUCAUAUGGCAAUAAAUUUCACUUGCCUGAAAAAUGACCAGUUGCCUGGCUUUAAUCAGGAUUCCUUUAAUAUGGCACUGGUAUCACCUUCUCUUCUACUGUAUCUCAAUGACACCAGUGAUCAAGCAUACCAUGGGAGGAACUUCUUCAAGCCCAGAAGGAGCAACUCUGUGGGAUCUAAACUGAAGAAGAGUCCUUUCACUAGCCCCAGAGAAGAGGUGAGAAAAGACUUCAAACAAGGCAAAAGAGUGCUUCGUCACCGGAGGGAUGAAGAUGGGGCUAGGGAAAACACACCAGUUCCAAUCUAUGAUAUAAGACAGUACUAUGAACAGUUCCUCUUUCCUCAAAAUGAAUGUGAGCUUCAUAACUUUUGGCUGAGAUUCAGCCAGCUGAAAUGGGACAGAUGGAUAAUUGCACCACACAAAUACAAUCCUCACUAUUGCAAGGGGGAAUGUCCCAGAGUAGUUGGGCAUCGCUAUGGCUCUCCUGUGCACACAAUGGUGCAGAACAUCAUAUACGAGAAAUUGGAUUCCUCUGUCCCCAGGCCCUCCUGUGUUCCUGCUGAAUACAGUCCUCUGAGUGUUCUGAAGGUAGAGCCUGAUAGAUCAAUUGUGUACAAAGAGUAUGAAGAUAUGAUAGCUACCAAAUGUACAUGUCGGUAAAGCAAGCCUGAUUUACUAAGGCUUGUACAGUAUUUCAGUAUGUAUUUCUGUAGCUACAAAAAAAGUAUCCUGCUGUUAGUUGAAAAACAAGAAUUAUGGAAUGGUAUGGCAGGAAUUUCCGUUCAGUUGUUGUUAGGAGCCUCUGAUUUGCAGACUAAGUGUGAAAAGUGGGCAUAAGGAGGUUUCCUUGUUCUGGUUUUCAAAGUGGAAAAAUGUUCUGUUAAAAGUGUAACAUUUUGGUUGUGGGGGGGGAGGGGUGUAAGGGAAGCACUGUAUUUCUCUGGAUACAAAACAAGGAGAAUAAAUACCUGUCCUUUCAUGCCAAUUUUGUGUACUUCUUGUUUAGUAUUUCUUAUGUUAAAAAUAUUUUAUUUAAGAAAUUUUUAUGACAAGUGUCUAGGUACAAAAGGUUUUACUAUUGCUAACUUAUCAAUCACUUAAUUUUUAUAUUUAUUUUUAGUGAUUGAAACUGGUUGUCUGAGACAACUUUUGUUCUUUAUUAUGAUGACUACCAGAUGUAAAGGCUGUUUUAAAGCAAUGGGUAACCUUUUGUCUAACUCUGAAGAAUCUCAUGUUACAAAAGAAAGGAAUAUAGAUAAUACCCUGGUUGUGUGUCUAGAGCUAUGUUUUUCUGGGAAAUGACUUACUAGGUUGGUUUUAUACAUUACAAAAUACUUAUGUGAAGAGAAUACAAAAUGCAAAAACACUUCUGGAUAGGUAAUGUGUAGGUCCAAUUGUACAUACGAUAUGCAUAAGUAUAAAAAGGGGUGUUGCAGUUUUCAACAAGCAUUGCAGACAUGACUUUGUGCAAGCUUAAUUCUAAAUUCCACACAGAAGUGCCCUCACACAAAUAUUUUGUAAUGUCAGAAGUAGCCUUAUGUUUUAGGUAGCUUAAUUGAGGGGGGGAAAUAUCUUUUGUUUCAUGAGCCUAUAUCAGAUUGGAUUUAUACGCUUUUGGCAUUCAGCAAUUUUUUAAAUGCUUGCUAUUUCUAUUCUGCUUGGCUUAUGAACAGGGAACAUGAUUUCACUAAAUGUAAGUUAAAACAUUCCAGUUAUCUGUAUCAUAUCUGUAAGUAAGAAGUAAGUGUGUUCUGUAGUGAUCAGUUAGCUUAAAGCAUUUUAAUGUUGCCUUUCUUCUGUUGCUGAAUUGAAAUGCCAUUUGAGUGUACACACAAACCUGAACACUUGCUAGAAAUAAAUGUAAAGC